AUGACGGUGGUGUACAUAUCUUCCUCUCAGGUUGCUGUGGUAAUGACCACCGCCCAUAGGACAGGAUUGCACACCAAGUUCUACCAGGAGGAUAUUGUGCGUCGCAUCGACUCGCCAAAUUUAUAUGGAAUUGUACUUAGAUGCUGGCAUGAUGCCGAGGAUAUCCCACCACUCCCAAGUCCAUUCACGGACCCCUUAAUGAGAUCCCUUGAUCGUGGCGAGAUUGGGGUCUCAUUCUUCCCAGGGGGUGUUCGCGACAUCGUCCCGGAGUCUGACUAUGAGCUCGUAGAUAGAACAUUUCAGUCCGGGGAUUAUUGCAAGCGUAGCGUUGAUGAUGUUCGUUCUGGCGUGGUGACCAGCAUUGAGGCAAAAACACGGCUUGUGCACGCAAUCAGCGGAGAGCAAGUAGAGGGUUGGAGAGAUAUCAAGGAGGUCAGACGUGCUACAGACGUUGACGGUGGAGACUAUGUGAUCUAUGAUGACUGGAUUGGACAGCUAUUUGACGAACUUCUUGUUUCCGCAUCUGGCGCCUUCGUCCGCUUGCCCGAGAUUAGCUCUCGUCUCACAAUCGGUGACAAGGGGCCGGACAUCCUACCAAACCCAGAAACACUUCACGGGAUAGUGAACUAUCCUAAAGGAGCCCCACUACCUAGCCCAGAUGACACCGUCAUAGAUAUGAAGCGCACAAUACUAGCCAUCUGCUGGCUAGCGGUAAAUCAAAGCUUGGAUCCUAGUGUCGCCCAACUCAAACAGCGACCAGCACGUUUCUGGUCUGGCGAAGAUUUGACUAAACUAACAGUCAUUAGAAUGCGUUUGGAUGAUGUACGUGUCGGGGAUAAGGUUCUGUUGGAGAAUGAUGUAGGUGUGCCUGUCACAAGAUACGGUGUUGAGUCAGAACCAAACGGCGCAAUGACGAUUAAGACCCUGUGCGUGAGGGAGACGAAAACGGUCGUCAAUGUUCUUUGGCAAGAUGGAUCACAGGAGAGCCUCCCCUCCACAGAGCUGAUUCCGUACCUGAAUCCAGAUGAAUAUGACUGCUGGCCAGGCGACCACGUCUUAUGGAAACUAGAGCAUGAAGAGCACGCAGCCGUCGUUCAAUCGGUCAAUUCCACCGAUCGAGUCGCCGUCAUUCGUCUCACGAAUACUGGCAAGACUGAAACUGUCUCAGUUCUUGAACUCGAUCCCAAUGGUGUCAGUGAUUGGACGGCAGGCACUCCACACACUCAUCUCGGCAUGCGUCGCGGCGACAGGGUGUUCAUCCACCGUGAAGGCACCUCAAAUGGUUUUGAAUCACCCAGAGUUCCGAGAAUCGGCGAGAUCGAGGAGUGGGUGAGAGAGGUGCCAGUUAGGCCCGAUGGAGAAUUCAGCGGUUGGAGGCGCACGAUGGCAGAUAUGGGGACGAAAAUAGCAUCCGAACGAAAAGAAAAGCCCAUUGUUUCCCGUGUCAAGCAUCCAACGCGGGACGAUGCAUCUCUGUCAUGGUUUGGAGAGGUCACUGGGCUUCGUCUAGACGGAACAGUCGAUGUCACCCAUCCGAAUGGAUCUCUGGCUAUAUACCCUCUCUCACGGCUGACAAAGCUUUACGACACUCUUGAACAAUUUGAGGAUGAUGGCUGGGAGGGUGAAGACGGAUCCGAUCAAGGCUCUCAUAUCGACAACGCCGAGGGUGUGUGGCAUCUAGAUGCAAGUGACGCAUGGCACUACGACCAUGACGAUUCAGAAUGGGAAGACGAGGAUGAUAGUGAUGAGGAUGGCGGUGGAAUGGAUGUGGACACCUGGGUUGACGAAAUUGAUGUCUUGGGCGAUAGUAUCCCUCUGAUAUCACGCGAUGUGACACCAGACGUGACUGAUUCGGUCUCACCAUUCCCAGUCUCGUCGUCCAACACAUCACCAGAUAGUACCCAAGAGAUUAUUGUCCAGGAGGAUGACGAUGGUGAUGCCGAUUCUCCAUGGAAAAAGUUCGAGGUUCUCCCAAGUGCACCCCAUGAUCAUGCAUUUUAUUCAUCUGUGUCGAAUAAGCCAUCGAAGAAUUUCCUCGCGCGUUUGACAAAGGAGUACCGUGCGCUCUCAACCAGUCUACCAGAUUCAAUUCUCGUCCGUGCGUAUGAGGACCGUGCAGAUCUAUUGAGAUGCCUCAUUAUUGGACCGGAGAACACACCCUAUGAAGACGCACCGUUUGUAAUAGAUUGGAUGCUUGACUCAAACUUCCCUCAAAGUCCACCGAUCGCCCACUUCUUGAGCUGGACCAACGGCAACGGUCGCGUUAAUCCAAACUUGUACGAGGAGGGCAAAGUUUGUUUGUCCAUCCUCGGGACAUGGACUGGAGAUCGCACGGAAACGUGGAGCGCGGCAAGAUCUUCACUUCUCCAGGCCUUUGUGUCGAUACAGGGUCUGGUGUUGGUGAAAGAGCCGUGGUUUUGUGAACCUGCGUACGAAAAAUUGAGGGGUACUGAGGAAGGCAUGGUUAACAGCCGACUCUAUAGUGAGAAGGCAUAUGUGCUAUCCCGUGGAUUCGUUCGUCGCGCCUUGGAGAUUCCUCUUGGUGGGCUAGAAGCAGAGAUCAACUGGUUGUACAAUACCCAGGGCAGGCUAUCCAAAGUCCUGGACGACUCCCGAGCACUGAUCCAGAAGAGCCAGUCGGGCCCAGAAAACGCAGAGGCAGAUGAGAAUCUUGCAGUACCCCGCCUGACUGCAGGCGGUAUUAUUAUGCUGGAACGGACACUGUCCAAACUGCAAACGCUUCUUCACCGGAUGUAG